AUGGCGCCGAGAAAGCCUGCCAGUCCCGCAAAACCGCGGCGCGUUACCCGUGCUCGCGCCGCCAACACCGACACCGACAGCAAACCCGCACUCGACGAUGCACCGAAGCGGAAAGCAGCCCUCCCCCAAGCAGUGCCGACAACCAGUCGAACCAAAGCCAUCGAGGCACAGACGCGAAUUACAAAGAAGACAGACACAAAGACGAGCACAAGAUCUGUAAAAUCGACGCCUAUAGUCGAGGUGGAUGAGAACAAGGAAGACGAUGAGAUCACUGUCACAGUUGCUCGACCAGCCAGCAAGGCGACUAGGGCAACACGCACCACGGCCGCACCAUCAGCUAAGCCCGUUGCUUCGUCGCUCGCAGCAGCCCCGAGACGACGAGUCAGAGUUACUCCAUUGGAUACAACAACCUCAGAGCCUGCUCCUUCCAAGGAGGCAGAAGCAGCAAAGCCGGAGAAGAAGACAUCCGCCAAAGAAAAGAAGGACAUGACAGAUGUCUCUAAGCCAAUCAUUUCACGUGCCAAGCGUGGUAUCGUGGCGGCAACGGUGGAAGAAAACAACGAUGCUGAAAAGGUGAUGGCGGACGAACCAGAGCCUAAGAGACGUGGAAGAACGCGCACAACAAAAACAGAAGCGACCGAGAUCACGACAGAGCCUUCGAAGACUGCGCCUAAGGGUCGAGGUAGGCCGAAGAAAGCUGACACGACUGCUGAGUUGACAAAAGACGUCCCUGUAACUACAAGACAGACUCGAGCGAGGACAGGGUCAUCUGCUUCUGCGGCUCUGCCAGAGGCCGCCGUUAAUGUGGUCGUUCCGCCUCGAAAGAAGGUGACUUUCCAGGAUCUGCCGGACGAGGAUGAUGAAAAGGAAAACAAACAGCCACCGGCGUUGGCGAAGUCAAAGGCCACUAAGAAGGGAGCUGCAACAACAGCUGCGACGCAGAAAUCCGAGGCUGCGACAAAAGGCAUGCGUGCGAAGCCGAUCCGCAAGCCCGCGGCGACCAAGACGACCAAGUCUACUCGAAAUGCUUCGAAGACUGCUAAGCAGCCAGAAGUGGAGGAACCCGAGAAGCACAUGCCCUCAGUCCUGACCCCAAAGAAGAUCACACAGGUUGCCAAAGCUAUGCCAAUGGACAGUGAGGGCGAGGAAGAGGAUGACAAGAGCCCUGUUCGCAAUCUAUCUCAGUCACCGAAGCGACCACAUGUGCUUCCUCUGUCACCGAUCAAGACCUUGGACUUUGCCCCUGCUUUGAAAUCACCCGAGAAGCAGGAGGGUGCACCAGGAAUCAUGAGUCCUCCACGCCGACUGCCUUCGUCGCCGAUCAAGGAUGGCUUGCAAGAGUCUCCACGACGAGCACCAGAGGGUGUGACCGUCUUCCGGACCCAGAUCCACGAUCCAAACCACGCGGCACUGUCUCUGAAUCCAUCCAACAUGAACAGUAACUCGCACCUACUGCAGUCUCCGAAACGAGGGAUCUGCGACGCGAUCACAUUCCCUGCAUCUGCACUCAAGUCACGCAACUCGCCAAUGAAGAGUGCCCUGCUGUCUUCUCCGGCCAGACGACUUUUCUCGGCAUCGAAGCAGAAGAGUCCCGCUCGCAUGUCACCUUCGCCGCAAAAGAAGCAGGCAACCCCCACAGAAGAACAGAUCUCGAGCCCUGGAGAUGUUGAUAUCGUCAUGUCGUCACAUUUCAGAUCUUCUCCCUCGCCGAAGCGGGCGGCCCGAGUAUACACAAUAAGUCAAGAAGAAUUUGCACAGGAACACGGUUUGGGUGGUGGACUUGACUUUGACCAAUCGAUCUUGAAUGUCCGGAGUCCUCUCAAAGUGGAUAAGGUCAAGCCUCUAAUGGAUGUGUCUGCAGACGCAAUGGAUGUUCACAUGCCGGAACAGAAUGAGGCGGAUGAGCAGCAGGACGAAUCUAACAUGGAGACAGAUGAAGAUAACCAUGUUGAUGACAUUGAAGCGGCUUCAGCUUCUGAGAUUGACAAUGAGGAGACCGUUCUCGAUCCUGCUCUGGACCAUGAAGAUGACCUCGCAGGUAACAACGAUGUUGGUGAUGUCGACAAUGUUGAAACUCCUAACGCGCCGCCAGCUGCCACUACUGAAGAACUGCCAACCACCUCUGAUGAGGCUUCUAUGAAGCCGCCAAGGAUGUCUGGUGCAAUGUUUCGCCAUCUUCGCGAGGUGGACGAAGAUUCGGAGGAUGAACUUGCGGCGAAUCAAACUCCAGACAAUCGCCUGCUUCGACCGCAAUCACGACCCAGUCUGAGUGCUGCAAACAUACGGUCUCGUCUGUCGAUGGGCACAGGUGUUGUCCCAGGAAGUGCGUCUAGAAACCUGGGGUUCACUCCGCUUGCUGCUCAAGUCCGCGGAUGGCGGGCAGCGAGCCCUGAGAAGAGAGCGGUGCGUGAAGACGCAGUCGAUUCGUUCUCGCCUAUUGCUCGACUGCACGUCGAAGGCGCAAUCGAGGUGAAUCGGCAGAGUACGCCCGCUCGAGAGGCUAGUAAACGAAAGUCGUUGGCCGGACGACUCUCAUUCGCCCCUUCAACGACUAAUAGUCCCAUCAGACCAGAUUUCUUUGGUGAAGCAGUCGCAGCGCAAGAAUUUGAAGAUCAGAUGGACGACCAUGCCGACGCAACGCCCGUGGAAGAGGAGGAUCUUCAUGAUCUGGUACAGGAUCAGGCGUUGGAAGUCGAGGAUGACGAUCAAGAUGAAGAGUCAGACGAAGACACCAAGUCAACCAGUCCCGAGCGCGAACCUGGCGAAUUGACGACAGACCUCAUCAAGUUCACCAACGCAUCGGAUACUGCCAUGGUCGAUUUCAACGCUCUGGCGAACGAGGCUCAAGUAUUGGCGGUCGAAAAAGGUGUCGGGGAGGAGGCAGAGACCUUUAAGCCACAAGUUGUACAUGCCGGCGUAAGCGAGCUUCCAACCGUGGAUGAACAACACUCCGUGUUGUCGACAUCAUCUGAUUUAUACUCGGAUGAAAAUGCUGCCCCUGUUGAACGGCCAUCAGCAGCGAGUGAGACAGCAAUUAUGGCGAGUGAAGAUGUUGGGGACGAUGACUUGAUUCAACCACCUCCACUGGUCGACUCAGAUACUGAAGAUGAAGUGGAGGAAGAGCACGACUCUAGCAUCGUUGGCCGUCAAGGUGGAAGCGUCGAGAAUUUGGAUGGUCAUCUUCCGACCACUUCGCCCGCCACUUUAGCCGACGUGCGCAGCAGCGUCGAGAUCGACUUCAACGUGACACCAGUUCGACCAGACCUGGGUCUUCCACGAGUUGUGCAUACAGUUUCCAAAGUCCCUCUUCGCCCUGAAGGAGACGUCCCCACCUUUUCGCCAGUCAAGAUGCAACGAAAGAGACCAAGAUCGAUGUCUUCCUCAAAUUCGAUGGCUGCCAAGAGACGGAGCCUAGGACUAAGUCCUAAGGUCAUGGCAUCGUCGACCGAGCAUGUUCUCUUGACACCGAAGGGUGGUCAACUGAGCUCGUCGCCACAGAGAAGAAUCCGCAGCGCUGCACCAAGUCCUGCAGAUUCGCUCGCCACGGGAACGACUACACCUGGACAGAUGAGCUUCGCAAUUGAGGAUUUUGGAGACAGCACGCUUGAUGGGCUCGAGCUCCCAGAUGACGAGCUACUGUCAGACGAGGUCAAUGCUGAAGAGAACACUGAGGAGAUGAACGUUGACGAUAGUGUCAUGACCAUCGGAUCUACCCUGUUCAAGACUCCAAUCGUCCCAACUAAAUGUGCAAGCAUGGCUCCUCCUUCGACCGGUCUAUCCAAGCAGACUGCCACGCCUCACUAUGCUAUGAGCACGAGGUCAAGCAGACGCCGGAGCAUUUCGACACCGUCACGCGCACUUGCUGUGGCGUCUACUAAAACUCCAGCGACAGCAAAGAAGACAAGCACCCCUCAUACAAACCUGAAGAGCAAAACUCCAGCAAAGACAUCCGUCAGCAGAACUCCCCUGAGAUCUGUGGGCAGUGGCAUUCUCGGCGGCGCAAUCGUCCAUUACGAUAUCCAUACGAGCGAAGGUUCCGAUGCAUCGGCUUUCUAUAUCGAACUGCUCACGGCCAUGGGCGCUCGCUGCGUCAAAGAAUGGCGAUGGAAUUCACGGGCUAGCAUUGCCGCGGAAGGAAGUGGUGAACAAGAACUGCCCGUGGGCAUCACACACGUCGUGUAUAAGGAUGGCGGUAAGCGUACGCUGGAGAAAGUUCGCUCGGCAAAAGGACAGGUCCUCUGUGUGGGCGUCAAUUGGGUUCUCGACUGCUACCGCGAGCAGAAGUGGGUGGACGAGACCAGCUAUGCGGUCGACGCGAGUAUCUUGCCGCGCGGCGGGUCUAGACGGCGCAAGUCCAUGGAGCCGCGGACUCUGGUGAAUGAGAAUGGUUUGCUCUCGGCCACGAAGCAUAGAGCUAGGAUGUCCUUACCUGCAGGUUUGGAGCUGGCUGGUACGAAGUCUGCCAUCGUGCAGACAGGCGCGGAAGGAAAAGUUGAGGUUGAGGUCGAACUCGAGGAUAAGGAAAAUCUAGACGAGGCUGAGAUCGAAGACAAGCCUGUUGAAGAGGAUGUCAACGACAUCGACGUCUCGAUGACCUCGGCCUAUGAUGAAGAGGAUGAUGACCAACUCGAAGACUCCUACCAGUAUGAGACGGAGUACGACUACGAUUCUCCCGCCGCAGCAACUGUCGGCGAUGGCGGCGAGACGACAGGUCUGAGAUUUCUCGCCGGGCACGGACAAGGACAGGAGCAAGACGACUCGGUGAUGGGAUCGGGCCUCGAGACCACAAGUAUGACAAGCAUGACCCCACCACCACUUGUCAAGGCAAGAGGUCAAGCUGCAGCAGUCUCUACGCCACAAUCAGCAUUGUUACAAGUCGAUUACGAUCCACGCACAGCAGCUACGCCUGUCACGCCGUUUCUGAGGGCAUCAACGACAGCUAACAAGAAAUCGACCCUCGCUAAAGGCCAAAUGAGCGCGCCUGCGAAACAAGUCAAUCGUUCAUUAUUCGAACAGGAUGAACAGAGUGAGAGUGUCGGUGCCGGUGCUGGACCUGCAGCAGGUGGUCGUAAAGCGAAGUUCCAGAUCAAGAACAAGAUGACGGGCAAGGCGGAUGCCAGACGGAGGACGCUUGGAGCGACGUUGAAGGAUGUCGAAACCCAUAAACCUGUUGUUGGGAGUCCUUUGAGGAGGGCUUAG